CUAGGAGUUUCUAGCAGUCCUUGCACAAUAAGGCCUUUGAUUGUAGCAUCAUCUUUCCAUCAAUUUUUCGAAGGAUUUGCACUUGGAGGCUGCAUCUCCCAAGCUCAAUUCAAGACCACGUCAGCCACCAUAAUGGCAUGCUUCUUUCCGUAACAACCCCUAUUGGGAUUGGCAUUGGAACUGCAAUUGCUUCCUUCUACAACCCGGAUAGUGUUGGUGCUCUGACUGCGGAAGGCAUCUUAGAUUGUUUGUCAGCUGGUAUUCUAGUGGACAUGGCGUUGGUGGGUCUGAUUGCCGCAGAUUUUGUCAGGAGGAGAAUUAGCUGCAAUUUCAGACUUCAGGUGGUGUCUUACUGCAUGCUCUUCCUUGGUGCUGGAUUGAUGUCUUGGCUAGCAAUCUGGGCUUGAACAGCUGAUACAAAGAUCAUUAUUCUUUUUGGUUGCAUUUGUCAGGGGGUAUCCAAUUACUACAGGCGGAAGUCCAUCAAAGUUUCCCGUUAUAUGGUACUCCGUAUCAUAUAGCGGGAUGAUUAGGGCAAACGAAAAUCAAAUGCAGCAGGCUUAUAUUGUGUUUUGUCUUUAGAUUCCAAAUAACCUGUUUUGUUCCUU